CACGAGAGCUGGAGCUAUCGCGAGAAAACCGCCAGCUCAGAAAGCGACUGUCGCGGGAGCCCGAACUCUCGCGCGAACAGCCGCCAAUUCGCUGGACGCGCGCUGCAGGAGCGCGGAACAUGGCGGAGCAUGGCGCGGCACGGACAGCCUUGGAGCCGGCUGGACGCGCAGCAGGAGCGCGACGUGCGGGAGCUCAUCCGGAGUGUCGCCGGCCUUCAGGACGAGACGGACCCCAACUUCCAGCUCGCCCUGAACUUCGCCUGGUCCAACUUUAGAUUUCACCGUUUCUUGGAUGUCAACAGCCACAAAAUAGAAAAAACAAUUGAAGGAAUUUAUGAAAAAUUUGUCAUUCAUUCUGAUCUAAGCAAAGCUGCUAGUUGGAAGAGAUUAACUGAGGAAUUUCUAAAUGCACCACUUCCCAGCAUAAAGGAAAUAAAGACAGAUGCACAUUAUUCCAUACUGUCACUUCUUCUGUGUCUGUCAGAUUCUCCUUCAAACAGCAAUUAUGUGGAGACACCAAGAGAUAAAGCAGUGGUGUUAUACUCUGUAAGGCUAAAGUGUAUUUUUUUUUUUAAUCAGAAUUGGUCUGAAGAAAGUGACGAGGAAAAUGAUCAACAGCCCUUAAGCAGAGAGGACUCUGGAAUUCAGGUAGACAGGACACCAUUAGAAGAACAAGAUCAAAACAGAAAACUGGGUCCUUGUAUCAGUUGGAAGGCUGAUGAGCCAGAUGACAGAAGCUGGCUGGAACAUCACGUGGUCCAUCAGUACUGGACAGCCAGGCCCUCCCAGUUUCCUCAUAGCUUGCAUUUGCACUCCAAUUUAGCUGCUGUCUGGGACCAACACUUGUACAGCAGUGAUCCAUUGUAUGUUCCAGAUGACAGGGUUUUGGUUACCGAGACUCAGGUUAUUCGGGAAACGCUGUGGUUACUUUCAGGAGUGAAAAAGCUCUUUAUAUUUCAGCUGAUAGAUGGAAAAGUAACUGUGAGAAACAAUAUUAUAGUAACUCAUUUAACACAUAGCUGUUUACGAUCUGUGCUGGAACAAAUAGCAGCAUAUGGCCAGGUUGUAUUUCGACUCCAGGAGUUCAUUGAUGAAGUCAUGGGACACAGUUCCGAAAGCAUGCUUCCUGGAAGUGGGUCUGUUCCUAAGAAGUCACCUGAAGCUCCCUUUAGAACCUACCAGGCUUUCAUGUGGGCCCUGUACAAAUACUUCAUUAGCUUCAAAGAAGAACUUGCAGAAAUUGAGAAGUGCAUCAUCAAUAAUGAUGCUACAAUAACUCUUGCAAUAGUGGUGGACAAGUUGUCACCUCGAUUGGCUCAGCUCAAGGUUCUGCACAGAGUGUUUAGCACCGGAGUAGCAGAAGUUCCACCUGAUACUCGAAACGUCGUCCGGGCCUCCCACCUGCUCAACACCCUGUACAAGGCCAUUCUCGAAUACGACAAUGUUGGAGAGGCCUCUGAGCAAACCGUCUCCCUCCUGUUCUCUCUCUGGGUGGAAACGGUGCGGCCUUACCUGCAGACAGUGGAUGAGUGGAUCGUGCAUGGGCACCUGUGGGAUGGCGCCAGGGAGUUCAUCAUCCAGAGAAACAAAAAUGUUCCGGUUAAUCACAGAGACUUCUGGUAUGCAACUUACACGUUAUACAGCGUGUCAGAAAAGACAGAAAGUGAAGAAAAAAUGAGUGAUAAUGCGAGUGCGAGUUCCGGCAGUGACCAGGGGCCCUCCAGCAGGCAGCACACCAUGGUGUCCUUCCUCAAACCGGUCCUGAAGCAGAUCAUAAUGGCUGGCAAGUCCAUGCAGCUGCUGAAGAACCUGCAGUGUGCAGAGAGCACCACCUGCCAGGCCGCAGCCAGAGAUGCAGAAAGAAAAAGCUUGUACACUCUCUUUCUGGAAUCUGUACAGUCACGGCUUCGACACGGAGAAGAUUCCACUCCACAUGUUCUCACUGAGCAACAGGCAACCAAAGAGAACCUAAUUAAGAUGCAGUCCAUUGCUGAAAGGCAUCUUGAACUGGAUGAUGUUCACGAUCCACUGCUUGCCAUUAACUUUGCAAGGAUGUAUUUGGAGCAGAGCGACUUUCAUGAGAAGUUUGCUGGUGAUGAUGUAUGUGUGGAUAGAUCAUCAGAAUCUGUGACAUGCCAGACCUUUGAAUUAACGCUGAGAUCCUGCCUCUAUCCUCAUAUUGAUAAGCAGUAUCUGGAUUGCUGUGGAAAUCUCAUGCAAACUCUAAAAAAAGAUUACAGGUUGGUAGAAUACUUGCAAGCCAUGAGGAAUUUUUUCUUAAUGGAAGGAGGAGAUACCAUGUAUGACUUCUACACAUCAAUUUUUGAUAAAAUAAGAGAAAAGGAAACCUGGCAGAAUGUCUCUUUUCUUAAUGUCCAACUCCAGGAAGCCGUAGGACAGCGUUAUCCUGAAGAUAGUUCACGUCUGUCUAUAUCUUUUGAAAAUGUUGACACAGCCAAGAAGAAACUGCCUGUUCAUAUCUUAGAUGGUCUGACCCUCAGCUACAAGGUCCCAUGGCCUGUGGACAUUGUUAUAAGUUUGGAAUGUCAAAAAAUUUAUAAUCAAGUGUUUCUUCUCUUAUUGCAAAUAAAGUGGGCAAAAUAUAGCCUGGAUGUUUUACUUUUUGGUGAACUGGUUAGUACUGCUGAAAAACCACAACCUAAAGAAGGCCUUGUACAUGAACAAAACACAGUCACUCAGUUCGGACCACAGAAAGAACCAGUGAGACAGCAGAUUCAUCGCAUGUUUCUCUUAAGAGUGAAGCUCAUGCAUUUCGUGAACAGCUUGCACAACUACAUCAUGACCAGGAUUCUACACAGUACGGGCCUGGAGUUUCAACAUCAAGUCGAGGAAGCCAAGGAUUUAGAUCAGUUGAUUAAAAUUCACUAUAGGUACCUGUCAACCAUCCAUGACCGGUGUCUGCUGAGAGAAAAGGUCAGCUUCGUGAAGGAAGCCAUCAUGAAGGUGUUGAACUUGGCUCUCAUGUUUGCAGAUGGUUGGCAGGCGGGCCUGGGCGCUUGGCGAAUGGAAUCUAUAGAGAAAAUGGAGUCUGAUUUUUAAAACUGCCAUGUUUCUUGUUAAAAGUUAGCCAAGCAUGGUGACACGUGCCUGUAGUGCCAGCUACUUG